AUGGUCAACUGUACUAUUGGAGAUGUGAUAUUUUCUGACUGCAUGUGUGAUCUAGGAGCGUGUGUUAGUAUAAUACCUUUAUCUAUAUUUAAUGCUUUAAGGCUACCUCCCUUAAAAAGGUCGGCAGCUCAUUUUGUGUUGGUAGAUAAGAGCAUUAUUACAGUGAUUGGAGUUGUUGAAGAUGUAUUGGUGAGCAUCAAGGAACUCACAUUUCCCAUUGAUUUCUAUAUCCUAGAAAUGCCCCCUAAUGACUCCAGGAGGCCAUCAUCAAUCCUGCUUGGAAGACCAUUCCUGAAGACUUUGAAGUUCAAGCUAGACGCAUUUUCAGGAACUUAUUCUUUUGAAAUAGAUGGCAGAAUAGUAAAAUUCAAUUUAAAUGAUGCUAUGAAGCAUCCACCAGAAGAUCAUUCUAUCUUCCAGUGUGACAUCAUUGAUGAAAUAGUAGCUGAAGUUCACCAGGAAGAAUUAAAAGAGAGGUACAUAGGGCAAGGUCCAAGUGUGGGAACAUUUUCAGAAGACAAUGCGAGCACUUCACCAUCAUCACCAGCCCCAAAUAACUCAGAGCCAAGCCUUGAGCAGAAAAUGGAAUUAAAGCCGCUUCCUCCACACCUCAAGUAUGCUUAUCUUAAGGAUAAGCAGAAGUUUCCAGUUAUUAUUGCACGGGAGCUCACUUCCCAACAAGAAUAA